AUGCAACCGGCAAGUGGUGGUGGGAGCAGUGAACUGAGUCGAAGCGGUGGCGGUGGACUCGCCCGGUUCCGCUCAGCUCCGGCGACCUGGUUAGAAGCUUUACUCGAAUCUGACGAAGAACCUUCUGAGGUUGUUUUAGACCCACCUUUAUUGUCAUCCUCCAAACCACCACCAGUUCCACCUCACUCCGCCACUAGCAAUGCCACCGCCACUAGCCGUUUCGACACCGAUCUAAGCUUAUUGGAAACCCUAAGUGGUGGGCCGUCCCAUGGGUUAAGCAAUUUUCUGAGGCAAAACAGUUCUCCGGCGGAGUUUUUAUCCCAAAUUAAUUCCGAUGGCUACUUUUCAAGUUUUGGGAUUCCGGAUUAUACAUCGCCUUCCUCAGUAAAUGUUUCUUCGGGGAAGUGGGCUCUUGAGGCUGAGGAUGCAGACAAGAGUACACCCAAGUUAUCUUCCUCUUCUUCUUCUUCUCAGCAGAGAGGAGAGAAAGGUGUGCUUUUACACAGUGGACUGAGUGGGUCAUUCGAUGCUGAAACAGAAAAGCUUUUGGAGGACGCAGUCAUGUGUAGGACUCGAGCAAAGCGUGGCUGUGCUACCCAUCCUCGUAGCAUUGCGGAGAGGGUACGGAGAACACGAAUUAGUGACCGCAUAAGGAAGCUUCAAGAACUUGUUCCCAAUAUGGAUAAGCAAACUAACACAGCUGACAUGUUAGAUGAAGCUGUUGCGUAUGUCAAGUUCUUGCAAAACCAGAUCCAGGAACUCCUGGAGCAUCAAAAGAACUGCAAAUGCUCAAUAAAAGAUUGA